AUGUCUGAAACUGGGCUCCCAGAAAAAGCUAGGCUAGAGCAGGAACCUGAGGUGGCUCGAGUCUGUAACGAGGGCUCUUGCUACAAAAAAACCUAUGUGGAGCCCAGGGUAUUAUAUAAGCCCUCGGCAGGAGGGGAGAUAGUCGGGUCUGUGCGCUUCAACCGCUGCAGUCGCAGCCACCACGGCGCAGCAGCAGCAGCAGCAGCGAGAGCCGCUCAGGUUGAUUUAGAACGCGGCUCCCGACUCGAGGGCUGCCCCGGGCUUCUCACCCAGUGUCUUACCCCUGGCGUGCGCGCCCCGGCGCGGACCUGCCUCGAGGCCGCGAGCCCCGACCAGAGCGCCCGGGGAGAGGACGCCGAGGGGCAUUGGCGCGCUGAGAAGCCCGGGGCAGCCCUCGAGUCGGGAGCUGGUGAGGUCCAGGCGGCCGAGGAUGCGUCCAGGACAGGUGACGUUCCGAUAAAGACAGUCCCCCUUGUCGACUCCGAAGGUGGCAGCGGCCGGGCGUCUGCCGUCCCUGACCCUUCCUCUGUUGAUCCACCCUCAGACCCGUCGGCAGAUCGUAUUUGUUUGAUGUUUUCUGACGUGACUUCACUGAAAAGCUUUGACUCUCUUACAGGCUGUGGAGAUAUUAUUGCAGACCCAGAAGAAGAGGCAGGCCCCAGCUGUGACAAGCAUGCCCCCGGGCCAGGCAAACCAGUGCUCUCUAAAAAGAACCCCAGCGAGGUGGCCUACCAAGGAGGAGGGGAGGAGAUGGCCAGCCCGGAUGAGGUGGACGACACCUAUCUCCCGGAAUUCUGGGACAUGUUGUCCCAGACCGAGGACCAAGGACAAGGGCCCCAAGAGGGCGCAGCGAAGGCGGCCACUGCUUCAGACACCAAGCUGGCCCCUGAGACCUCCAAUGAUGCCCGGUGUGGGGAAGCAGCCAAGGACGUGUCCUCUGUCAAGCGCAGGAGGCUCCACAGGAUCCCCAUUGAUCCUCAGCAGAAGGAAGAGCCCAAGCAUCCCGAGAAGGAGCAUCAAGAAGGCGUCCCUAAUAGCGAUGAGGGCUACUGGGACUCCACCACUCCUGGUCCAGAAGAAGACAGCGCCAGCAGCAGUAAGAAGGCUGUCAUUCCCAGGGAUAGCGACAGUGGCGAUGCCCUCUAUGAUCUCUACACUGAACCCGAAGGAAGUCCAGCUGCCGUUCCUGCCACGGAGGACCCACCCUGCUUGUCCCGGCUAAAGCCGGUGUCUCCAGGGACCAUCACCUGUCCACUGAGAACACCAGGCAGCUUGCUGAAGGACUCUAAAAUCCCUAUUAGCAUCAAACAUCUCUCCAACCUUCCAUCCAGCCAUCCUGUGGUGCACCAGCAACCAGCCAGGAGUGAGAUGCCCAGAACAAAAAUCCCUGUUUCCAAAGUGCUGGUCCGCAGGGUCAGCAACCGGGGUUUGGCUGGGACCACCAUCAGGGCAGCAGCAUGCCAUGACAGUGCCAAAAAGUUGUGAGGUCUCCAAGGCCAAGGAGGAUGGAUGGGCCAUGUGUUAAAGAAUACAGCUCUCCCUUGGAAACCACUGAAGGAAGCUCGCUUUGCCCAAAGCAAACAAUUUAGGACCCACCCUUCUCCACGUGGCCUAGCAGUCUUUGUUGGAGACAGGGGUAGGACACCCUGGGAAGGGAAUGUUACACCUGGAGUUCAGAUAAGUUCUUGAGGAUUCUUUUCUAGCACUUUCCUUUCUCUUUUAAACUUAAAAAAAAAUCUGUUUUUUUCCCUUCUUUUCUUUUUAACUGGUGGAUUACUCAGAAGUAGCCUUCCCUUGCUUUUGCAGAAAAUAAGAUUUAACCAAAUCUAGAGAAAAUAUCACACCAGGAUAUCAGGCUGUUCUAGAGUCAGGAAGGCCUUGAGGAAUCACUUAACAACAGGAUUCUUGCCUCUCUUUCCAGGAAAAAGGGGGGAAAAACCCACACCCCUUUGCUUAUCACUGUGUGGGAAACACCUGCAAAGCUCCAAGAUCCAUGUAGUUAUGUGAUGGGAAGAGGGGAAGGCUGGCUGGCAGAGAGCCUCACAACAUCCAGUGGCCAGAUAUACAAAUAGGUAAAGAUCUGUCUCUACGAAAGCAGAAAGAUUUUAGUUUGGCUGGUUCAGAUCACUUGUCUAAGGAGAAAUAAAUGGCUAAUGAUUUGUUUA